AUGCCGUCCCAGUGUGCGUAUCGGUGUCUGAAGGCCCCCAAUUGUCUGUCGUUCAAUUAUGAUGGCUCGAAUCGUAAAUGUGAACUCAACAGAAAGACUCACUUAGACUUCCCGACUGACUUCGUCGAUGUCGCGCAAAGUGAAUACCACACUCGUGCUGCAUAUUCCAUCGACCCGGAAGCGUUAGGCCCGUGCGGAGGUGACCCGUGUAACAGCAAGGGCACGUGUUUGGAGACGAGGACGGAACCUGGUGGCCUGGUGGCUCUGUGUAUUUGUAACCAGGGAUGGGCUGGAGUACACUGUGACCUUGUUGUGGAUGCGCCUCAGUGGGGCGUCUGGGAACCGUGGAGCGUAUGCUCAGUCUCGUGUGGACAAGGUUGGCACAUGCGCAGGAGGACCUGCGAGGACACGGUGAACAACAAGACGAUUGACCCUCUCAACUGUUAUGGGAAAGACGUCGAAUACGAGGCCUGCACGACCAGUACCUGCCCAAAAUAG